UCAGUGACGCACAGGAGACGCUCCAGACUCCCGCGCGCACGGGGCUCUCCGCGCAUUAUAAUGGAGUAAGCGGGGCUCGACUGAGACUGUCCAGCACCAGCAAGUGAAGAGCUCCUCCUCCCUUUCAUACGAUGAGGUAGUUAGUAAGAGUGAGCCCUGGUUAAUCACCAAUUUCCGCGAGUCUGCGAAGUUCUGUCAUGCACGCGAUGUCCCCAUCGUUGCGCGCUUGACCUCCUGUGUUUUAAAGUACGAAAACGGGGCUUUUCACGGCGCGCUUCAUCGCCCGGCAUGGGAGAUCACAGUGAGCCCCCCAUGGUGCAGAAGUCCACAUCGUUCAGCAUCAAAAGCCUGUUACUCCCAUCGAAGUUUGACAGCCCGGGUGCGGACGAUGGCGCGGAGCGAAGCCCGGUCUCCGACAAUCCCCCAGAAGCGGUCGAGAUGGACCCCGCGCAACGCGACGCGGAGGAACCCGAGCAACUGUGCAAAAAGGGAAAGAAGUUCGACAAGCCUCCGUUCAGCUACAACGCGCUCAUCAUGAUGGCCAUCCGACAGAGUCCCGAGAAGCGGCUCACGCUCAACGGCAUCUACGAGUUCAUCAUGAAGAACUUCCCGUAUUACCGGGAACACAAGCAGGGCUGGCAGAACUCCAUCCGGCACAAUCUGAGCCUCAAUAAGUGCUUCGUGAAGGUGCCGAGACACUACGACGAUCCGGGAAAAGGGAACUACUGGAUGCUCGACCCCUCCAGUGAUGAUGUGUUUAUCGGCGGAACCACCGGGAAGCUCCGGCGGCGCUCGGCGACCUCGCGGGGAAAGUUGGUGAUGAAAAGGGGGCUCCGAUUCGCGCCUCUCGGACUCGGGCUGGGUGAACGCCCGAGCAACCCGCUUUACUGGCAGCUGUCUCCGUUCUUACCCUUACACCACUCGCACUAUAACGGAACCACGCACGGAUUUCUAAACCACCAAGGACACGCGUACGGAUCGUUACUCCCCGGCGUCGAGCCGCUCGGGAACGGGAGUAUUAACCUGUCGAACGGGUACGGCGUGUCUCCGUCGUCUGCUGCUGGAUUACUCUCAGGACACAAUGGAUAUUUCGUCCCGGGCGCGCAGCAGCCGCAGUCGCUCCCGAGCGCGCCGGGAUACGGGAUCUCCAGCUCUCCGUCUUCCCUGCUCUCGGAUUCCCUAAGAACUAGUUUACCGUCCUACACAUCUCCACUUUCCAGCGGACUUCUGUCUCAGCACAAACGCGUCGCGCCCAAUUCGUUCCUGAGCUGAGCGUUGCGCGCUCAACUUUCCUAGAAAACCUCGCCAAGCGUUCCGUUCGCGUGAGGACUGCGCGUCUGUCUGGAUUUGAGCUUUUGUGUCUAUUUAAGAUCAUUUUUGUAAUGGUAGUAUGAUGUUAUGCCAAAGGCAAUAACUGUAUGUGUUUGUUUUUCUUUUCUUC